AAAAACAAUUCAUUCAAACAAUCACUUCAUUUGAUCCCAAGAUAUGACACAACAGAUGAAACACUUGAAGACAUCACUCGAGACCACAGAUGAUGGCGAAGACGAAGACAGACAACAGCCAAAGAGUUACGCGAAGAACUCAAUGGACAGAUUCGGUGACGACAUGUGUGCACUCAUAUUAUCUUAUCUCUCACUCAAAGAGCGAUUUCGUUACGAAUGUGUGUCAAAACAGUUCCAGAGGACAGUCUUCGGCAGUGUUGUGGACAUUACUAUUGAUGACAAACUUAUGCGUAAAGUAAAUACACAAACGUUGGCCACAAUCGUCACAAAAUGUUCAAACAUUGAGACCAUUGACUGCCGAGGAAUAAAGGACUAUCUCGAAGACAUUCCCGAAGUAUUGCAUACACUUCGAGACAAUUGCCGGCAUUUGCGGCAAAUUUAUUGCUUUUUGUGUCCAAACAUUGUGCAAACUUUGGCCACAUUUGGACCACUGGUCACCCGAAUCGGUGCCGUCGGGUCGGAUGGUCUGCGCGAAGCUCUCACACAAUGCCACCAAUUGUCACAUUUGGCGGUCACUAAGAUUGAAGACGUGUUUGACAUCGAUCUCCAAUACGUGUCGCCCGAUAUACUACUGGCCAAACAUUUGCAUUCACUCGAGUUGUACUACCUUUCAGACUAUAUCGACGCUUCUAACCAACACUGGUCUGCAUUCGUGGCCGCGAAUCAGUCCCUCCAGAGUCUGGCCGUAAAGUAUUGUUGGUUCACUCAUACCGAGAGUAUGACCGAAAUGUGCGGCCAAUUGUCACGAUUACCGCAAUUACGGCAAUUGACGCUCGGAUUGAUGUUAUCGGUCGGCCAGUCGUCAGUUUUGGCCGACUCUUUGCGCGCGAUUGGCGUG